GGUUUUCAUCUUGGAUUUUUAGGGCCAUUUACGGAGGUUGUAACGUGUCCUCUUGAUCUAUUUAAUCCUUCAAACCGCUCCGUAAUUUUUAAGGUUAAAACGACGGUUCCGAAACGGUAUUGUGUUCGUCCAAAUUCUGGAAUUAUAAAGUCUAAUGAAAAAAGUUCAGUUUCUAUAAUGCUUCAACCGAGUGAUACCGCUAAUGCUGAAGAAGAAAAAACUAAGCAUAAGUUUAUGGUCCAAAGCAUGUACGUCCCUGAGGAAGAAUAUUCUUUAGAUACUAUUUGGAAAACUACAGACCCAUCUGAGAUUAUGGACACAAGAUUGAAAGUUGUUUUUAAGCCUUCUGACGAAGCUCCACAUCAUGAAGAAGUACCGACGGAAGCUGUCCAUCAAGAAAAAGUUUUAAUUCUGAACGAAUUCUGUGAGACUCACUGUUUUGUAAUUGAUAAAAGUAAAUGUGUCCUCUUCACGUUCCAUAAAGAUUUAAAUUUAAGGAAAGUGGGACUGGAGCCGCCAGCGAACCGGUGA